UUAUCUUUGGUUUUUUGAAGUGAUAUUUAUACAAUAUCCAUUUGAGUCUUGUUUCACGAAACGUUUGUUGAAUUGUGGCGCUUUCAUACUUUAUCACUUGCCGUUUAAUUUCUAUACGCUCUUAUUAUAUAAAAAAUAACCUAAGAUUUUGAUUCCAUAAUAAACCGUUAUUGGCGCUGCAGUUUUCGUCUAGUCGACAUUCUUUUCAUCUUAAAAUCAGAAGUGUGUUCUUCCAAUCAGUUUUUCAGAUCAGGUGAAAAGAGUAACUAUUGAAAUCUACGUGUAAAAUCAAAGUGAGUUGUAUAUACUUAAUAAUAUGUACGUUUAUCAGUUUUAUUAGAUAUAGUUUUAAUCAUCAAAUUAAUUUUACAGUAUAUAGUUUGUUCAGUGCUCUGAUGAUAUACUUUCGGAAACACCCGACAGAGGUCAGUAGUAAUUUGCUACUGAUCCGCACAAUUCUUUAUUUAAUGCAUAUUUUGUGGACUUCAAAAGUUGCUUUUGGCGCGGUUUCUCCUCAAAUAAAACCGUUUUAUUUCUCAGCAAAUGUCGAAGAAAAUCAGAGGGAACAAGUUAUUUGUUCUGUUGUAGCUGGAGAACCGCCUUUCUCUUUUAAUUGGAUGAAAGAUGGGAUAAAUGUGAAUAAAUUUUUAGAUAUAAAGAUAGAAAUACCGAAUGAUUUUUAUUCGGUUUUAAUUCUCCCUUCAGUAAAAACAGAGAAUAUUGGAAAUUAUACUUGUAUUGUAUCAAAUUCUGCUGGAUCCGAUUCCUAUACCGCAUCGCUGAUAAUGAAAGAUAAUUUUGAUUCUGAAGUUCAAAAUUCGACUACAGAUGUCGCUAUGAAAAAAUUCGACAAGUUAACUAUAAUAAUUUAUACUUUUGUUUUUAUAGUUAAUGCGGUAGUUAUACCGAAAAUUAAGCCAUUUUAUUUUACAUCAUCGGUUGAAGAAGGCCAGAGAGAACAGAUCAUAUGUUCUGCUAUAUCAGGCGAUCCACCGCUAACGUUUUCAUGGACGAAAGAUGGGGUUGAUGUUAACAAAAUAUCAGAUAUAAGAGUGGAAUCUCCAAGCAAUUUUUAUUCUGUGUUAGUUAUAUUAUCAGUCAAACCGAAAAACAUUGGAAAUUACACUUGUACAGUUACAAAUUCUGCUGGAUCCGAUAGCUUUUCAGCUGCUCUUGUAAUGAAAGAGAUAUUAGUUAUUUUAGAAGAAUUUUCUAUUCCUCUUCGAAGGUAUUGUGCUUUUAUGCCAUUAUAUUUCAUUGAAUAUUCACUGGAGGUCGUCGGAGAGAUGAUAAUUGUUCGCAAACUGUUUUCAGUUAUAUUUAUUUCUUUAUUGGAAAUACUCUCAGUGACUUGUAUACAUGCUCCACAAAUUAAACCGUUUUAUUUCUCUACAACAUUACAAGAAAAUCAAAGAGAACAAAUUACAUGUUCUGCUAUUGCUGGCGAUCCACCAUUGUCUUUCUCGUGGACAAAAGAUGGAAUUAAUAUUGAUAAAUUUUCCGAUAUCAUCAUUGAAUCGCCUAAAAAUUUUUAUUCAGUUCUCGUGAUUCUUUCAAUUCAAACAAACCAUAUCGGAAAUUAUACCUGUAUUGUCAAAAAUUCUAUGGGUUCUGAUAGUUUUACAGCAGCUUUGGUAUUAAAAGGCUUGAUUAUCCCUAAAAUUAAACCAUUUUAUUUUUCUUCAUCCGUCGAAGAAGGGCACAAAGAACAAGUUAUAUGUUCCGUAGUAGCUGGUGAUGCUCCUUUAACAUUUAUCUGGAAAAAAGAUGGGAGUGAUAUCUCAAAAUUUCCUGAUAUUAAAGUGGAUAUAGCAAAUAAUUUAUAUUCAGUUUUGGCAAUAUUGUCUGUGCGGCCAGAAAAUAUUGGUAAUUAUACAUGUAUAGUUAAAAAUCCCGUUGGAUCUGAUAGUUAUACGGCUGGUUUAGUAAUGAAAGGUGUUAAGCCACCAAAAAUCAAACCUUUUCAUUUUUCUGAUGAUAUACAAGAAAAUCAAAGAGAACAAGUAACAUGUUUAGUUAAAGAAGGCGAACUUCCAUUGAAUUUUCAAUGGAUGAAAGAUGGUGUUGAAAUUAGAUGUAUUUCUAAUGUUUUAAUUAAACAGAUUGAUGAUUUCUCUUCAAUGUUAACUAUUCCAUCUGUCACUGUUGAUAAUGUAGGGAAUUAUACUUGCACAGUUACAAACAAUUAUGGAUCCGAUAGAUAUACAGCACUUUUGAAAAUGAAAGGUGAGUCCAAAUUAGGAAUGUUUCUUUUAGCUGCUGUGGUACCUAGAAUUAAACCGUUUCAUUUUACUAAAGAUAUUCAUAUUGGUCAACGAGAACAAGUAGUGUGUUUAGUUAUUGAUGGAAAUCCACCGUUCACAUUUAUUUGGACAAAAGACGGUUCCAAUAUCGACAACUACCCGGAGAUUCUUAUUGAUUAUAAUAAUUACAAUUCCAUACUUAUGAUAGCAUCAGUACAACCAAAUAAUAUUGGAAAUUACACUUGUACUGUGUCAAAUAAUGACGGUUCGGAUUCCUACACUGCAGCGCUCUUAAUGAAAGGAAAGACCAUUCCAAAAAUCAAACCAUUUCAUUUCACUCAAAAUCUUCGUGAAGGUCUGAAAGAACAAGUUACUUGUGCUGUUAAUGAAGGAGAAACUCCUCUUACUUUCACAUGGUUGAAAGAUGGCGAAGAUAUUAUGAAAUUUAAAAAAAUAAAAAUAGUAGAUAUAGCAGAUAGUUCUUUGUUAAUCAUUCCAUCUGUUCAGUCCGAGAGUAUUGGAAAUUAUACAUGUAUUGUUAGGAAUUCUAUGGGUUCCGAUAGUUAUACGUCUCAGUUAAUCUUGAAAGGCCUAUAUAAAUUUAAUGCUGAUUUUAUUUUAGGUGUAUCUCCACCUAAAAUAAAACCAUUUCAUUUUACAAAAGAUAUUCAGGAAGGUGAAAGAGAGCAAGUAACAUGUGGAUUAAACUCAGGCAAUCCAUCUUUUGUGUUUAGUUGGAUGAAAGAUGGAAUAAACAUUAAAAACUUUCCUGAUAUAAGCAUUGUCGAUGUUCCAGUCAGUUACACUUCUCUUUUAGUAAUUUCUUCAGUUCAAGCGAAACAUGUUGGAAAUUAUACAUGCAUAGUUAAAAAUUCUGAAGGUAUAGACAGCUAUACAGCUGCUUUGGUGAUGAAAGGAAAGACCAUUCCAAAAAUUAAACCAUUUCAUUUCACUCAAAAUCUUCGUGAAGGUUUAAAGGAGCAAGUUAUCUGUGCUGUUAAUGAAGGAGAACCACCUCUUACUUUCACAUGGUUGAAAGAUGGCGAAGAUAUUAUGAAAUUCAAAAAAAUAAAAAUAGUGGAUAUAGCAGAUAGUUCUUUGUUAAUCAUUCCAUCUGUUCAGUCCGAGAGUAUUGGAAAUUAUACAUGUAUUGUUAGGAAUUCUGUGGGUUCCGAUAGUUACACGUCUCAGUUAAUUUUGAAAGGUUUAUCUCUUCCAAAAAUCAAACCUUUCCAUUUUACAAGUGAUGUUAGAGAGGGGCAAAGACAACAAGUAACAUGCACUGUUACUAAGGGUGAUUCUCCAUUCAGUUUCGAAUGGAAAAAAGAUAAUGUUGAUACUAAAAAAUUUUCUGGUAUUAAUAUUGUUGAUGUGGCCAUCACAGAUACAUCGUUAUUGAAUAUUCCUUCGGUUCAGGCCGAACAUAUAGGCAAUUACACGUGUAUAGUUUCUAAUUCGGAAGGUACUGAUAGUUAUACAGCUGUUUUACUUAUGAAUGCUGUUUUGCCUCCAAAGAUUCGCCCAUUUCAAUUUACGGAUGGUCUUAAAGAAGGCCAACGCGAACAAGUCACUUGUGCGGUACUAGAAGGCGAUUUUCCACUUUCAUUUAUGUGGAUGAAAGAUCAAAUGGAAAUUGAAAGGUUUCCAGAUAUAAUUGUAGAAAAGAAUGACUUUUAUUCUGUGCUUAUCAUUCCAUCUGUACAAGGUCAAAAUGUCGGAAAUUAUUCCUGUAUCGUAGAAAACGCUGUCGGAAGAGAUAAAUUUAUGGCUACUCUGAUGAUCAAAGCUGUUUCCCCUCCGAAGAUUCGUCCCUUUCAGUUUACCAAUGGUCUUAAAGAAGGCCAGCGAGAACAGAUCAUUUGUGCAGUUCUGGAAGGUGAUUCUCCAUUUAUAUUUACUUGGAUGAAAGAUCAAAUGGAGAUCGAAGGACAUUCUGAUAUUAAAACAGAAAAGAAUGAAUUUUAUUCGGUACUUAUUUUCCCUUCUGUACAUGCCCAAAAUAUUGGAAAUUAUUCAUGUAUAAUUGAAAAUUCUUUUGGAAGUGACAGAUUCACGGCUGCUUUAGUUAUAAAAGGAAAGUAUCCUCCUAAGAUCAAAGAUUUUCAUUUUACCAAAGAUGUAGAAAUUGGAGAAAGAGAACAACCGAAAAGUAUUGGUAAUUACAGCUGUAUAGUAAUCAAUUCUUUUGGUUCUGAUAUAUAUACGGCUGCUUUGCUUAUGAAAGCCAUGAUUCCACCGAAAAUCAAGCCUUUUCAUUUUACUACAAACAUAAGGAUAGGUCAAAGAGAACAAGCAGUGUGCACUGUUAUAGAAGGAGAUUCGCCGUUUACUUUUACUUGGUUGAAAGAUCAAAUCGAUAUUAAAACACUUCCAGAUAUUAAUGUGGAUUCUAUUAAAGAUUUCAGUUCUUUUCUUACAAUUCCUUCAAUUCAACCAUCAAACAUUGGAAAUUAUACAUGUAUAGUACAAAAUUCUGCAGGUUCUGAUAGUUAUACUGCAUCUCUUGUGGUGAAAGGAAUUGUUCCUCCAAAAAUUAAGCCAUUUUAUUUUACAAAAGAUAUAAAGGAAGGUGAAAGAGAGCAGGCAAUAUGCGCUGUAAAAUCGGGAGAUAGUCCUCUCUCAUUUACAUGGAUGAAAGAUAAUUCAGAUAUUUCAAAUUUUCCAGAUAUUAAAGUUGAAAUAUUGAAUAAGUUUUACUCAGUUUUAAUAAUACCUUCAGUUCACUCAACGAAUAUUGGUAAUUAUACAUGUAUAGUAACGAAUUCUGUGGGAUCCGACAGUUUUACUGCCACUUUGAUGAUGAAAGAUUUUUUCAUAGCCAUAAAUGUACCAAGAAUUAAACCGUUUCAUUUUACAAAAGAUAUUCAAGAAGGGGAGAGAGAACAAAUUUACUGUGCAGUGAAAAGUGGAGAUGCUCCGUUUACAUUUCAGUGGCUUAAAGAUGGAAUCGAUAUAAGGAGAAUCGCCGAAAUCAAAGUAGAAACCAAAGAUUUUAACUCUCUUUUGAUGAUUCCUAUUGUUAAAACAGAUAGCAUCGGCAACUAUACUUGCACGGUUACAAAUUCUUUUGGUACCGACAGCUAUACAGCACAGUUAUUAAUGAAAGGUAUUCAGCCACCAAAAAUAUCACCAUUUCAUUUCAGUAAUAAUGUUGUUGAGGGACAAAGACAACAAAUAUUUUGUACUGUUAUAGAAGGUGAUCCGCCCUUGGCUUUUACGUGGAAAAAAGAUAACAUGGAUAUACAAAAAUUUACAGGAAUAUCUAUUGAUUCUGCUAAUAUUUAUAGCUCUUAUUUAAUGAUUCACUCUGUACAAAUGGAAAAUAUGGGUAAUUACACUUGCAUGCUCUCACUCUGUAUCUGUCUAAAAACUUUUUAUUUUUUAAUACUUUUUUACCUUGUUGCAGGUCUAGAUCCUCCUAAAAUUAAACAGUUUCAUUUUUCUUCUGAUAUACAACAAGGUCAAAGAGAACAAGUCACAUGUGUUGUUAUACAGGGUGAUUUACCCUUACAUUUUAAAUGGCAGAAAAAUGGUAUCAAUAUUAAAGAAACGGGAGAAAUAAGUAUUAAUAAAGCAGAUGACUUUACUUCACUUCUGACUCUUCAUAAAGUAAAUGUAGAUAGUAUUGGAAAUUACACUUGUAUUGUCACUAAUGCUGUAGGUUCUGAUAUUUACACAGCAUCCCUGGUUAUGAAAGUGCCACCUCGAUGGGUUAAAGAGCCGACAGAUAUCGCAGCUACUUUAGGUUCAAGAUUGACUAUCGAUUGCAGUGCUACUGGUUAUCCGCAACCUCAAAUUACUUGGGAUAAAUUGACAGAUCGAAGCGAGCAUCAGCUCCCCGUAGGAAGCGAUAGUCAAAGGACUUUAGCAUCGAAUGGUUCUUUAACAUUUUUGAGAGUCGACGAAAGUGAUAAAGGAGUAUAUAUUUGUCAAGCUUAUAACGGAAUUGGAAACGGUUUGCAGAAAAAAAUUCAUCUAACUGUACAUGUUGCACCGAAAGUGAAAGGCGAUUUUUCCGUUAUUACUGUACGUAAAGGUUUUACCGCUCACUUGAAAUGUGAGGUGUUUGGUGAACCGCCCCUCACUAUAACGUGGAAGAAAGAAGAUACAAUAAUAGCUGGAGAAAAAGGCUCUAGAUUUGAAACUUUACAAGAAAAUACUGCAAAUGGAGCUAUAUCUGAUACUUUAAUUAAUGAUAGUCAGAAGAAUGACACAGGCAUAUAUACUUGCCAUGUCAGUAGUCAAUUUGGAGAAGCUGAAGGAAAAAUACAGUUGGUUGUACUUGAACCACCUUCUCCUCCUCGAGGAAUAAAAGUGAAUGAUGUUACAAGUCGAACUGCAAGAUUAAGCUGGCAGUCACCUUAUGGAAAUAGUGAUAGUACUGUUGUUACUUAUAUUGUAAGAUAUUGGAGAGAUGAAGGUAAGUUUAUCAUUAAGUACUAUAUCAGAAAAAAAAUGAAUACUCCAAUUGGUGCACCAACAGAUGUAAAUGUAGAGCCUAUAGGAUCCAGAACUCUGAAAGUAUCUUGGAAAGCACCUCUUCUUGAUCAUCGCAACGGUAUCAUUAAAGGCUAUUAUGUCGGUCAUAAAGAGUCUGAUUCAUCACAGCAGUAUCGGUAUCAAACAGUUGAAAAAAGUGGUAUUGAUCCUGAAUCACUUCUUAUUGCUGGACUUCAAAAGGCUAAAGUUUAUAAUGUAGUUGUAAAAGCAUUUAAUACAGCAGGGUCUGGACCAGAAUCACAUCCUGUUGAAGCUUAUAGUCUAGAAGGAGAUCCACCUCCUGCUCCAUCUAUAUCAAUUUCCCAUGUAACUUCAUCUAGUGUUCAGCUCAAUUGGGAAAAUUCUCAAGCAGUUCCCACAUCAACAAUAAAACAAUAUCUACUAGAAUUCCAUGGAGAUAAUAAAGAUUGGAUAAAACUUCAUAUUCCUAACAAUCGAAAAUCUUUUGUUUUAAAUGGAUUGGACAGUAGCAGGAGAUAUCAACUUCGUCUUGCUGCAUAUAAUAGAUAUGGAAGAGGAGAUUUUGCUGUAAUUGGUUUUACCACAGCUCAUAAAGAACUCGUAACACCUUUAGAAACAUCAUCUAGCUCAACACCAUUCUAUCUAAGAUCAUAUGUUAUUAUACCUGUAGCAGCAUCCAUUGUUGUAAUUGUGACUACUUUGGCCACAGCUUGGGUAUGUUAUAAAAGGAUGACAUUAAGAGAAAAAACACAAAUUAUGCUCACUCAACAAUAUGGAGGAAGUAUAGCUGGAGCCCGAGCUAGUCUUCACAGCAGAAAUGGAUAUAGUGACAUUCAGUCUUACUCUCCUCCUCCUAAUACUCGUUAUCCACCUGGUGGUGUUGCUGUUCCAGAAGACGAUGCUUAUGAUGCUCCUUGGGACAUGUCAGGAAGUCGAGACCCUCGUGAUGUAAGGAGGUGCUUUAUAUCUAAGUGCAUAUUACCUAGUCAAGAAAAAUUUGUCAAAUAUAGUCAGCGGGAGGAGAGAUUGCGCUUGGUAAUACUAACUAUACUUACUUUAGGAGAAAUAAGAUGGCAGGAUGAAUAG